AUUUUGACAGAUCAGAUUGUUUUGUGUUUCUGGAUGGAAAUUUGAUUUUACCUCUCUAGAUCAUUAUUAUUUCCGUAAACUGUUUUUUUGUGGUCACACAUGUGACAAACGUUUAAGCCUAAAGUGUCAUUAUUGAUUGUCUUGUGUGUGUUCUACGUUUACACUUAAUUAUAAAUGAAUCUAACGGUUGAUCAAAUGGACGUUUUGAAUUUUCGACUGACGGAAAUUUCGCUGGAAUUGCUUGGGAAUCAGUUUUUCGAUAUUUUCGGCCGCAAAUGUGAUACAUUAGGAUCGCUGUAUCGAAGUAAAAGCGGCCCAGCUACCGAUAAAUUUGCAGCCGGUUCGGAUUUGGUAGCAGCGCUUAAAGUCGAAGAUAUUUUUAAUUUUACCGAUGAGCCACCUGAUGAGACACAUGGCGACAAUGGAAGAAAUGAUAAUUAUGGAAACGAAGAAAUUAGCGAUGAUUCUUCCGACGAAUCGGCUGAUUCAGAUGAGUUCGAAUACAGCGAUAAUCGAGAACAGGACCCAUCAGCCGAUAUUAAAAUAGCCCAGAUAAUGAACGAUGUGGAACAAGAAUACUCGCGACUGUUAAUGAGCUCGGAUAGUGCCAAAAUGAAGUACUUCAUCACCAACAAACAUAAAAUGCAAGAAACAGGUUACGAAGACGAAUAUGAAAUCUGUAGCCGAUACUACCAACAAGAGGGUGUAGAGUUACUGGGACAGAGCGACGCUUUCAUUAAGUUAAUCAAACACAUAAAAUGUGAUCCUCGAAAUGGCCUUAAAAUGGGUGAAAUUGCUGCAACUAUACUGAAAGUAAAAGAUCGUUUUAUUGAAGGUUCUGCAUCGAGUACAUGAUAGUCCGGUGAAGAAACGAGCGAAAUGAAAAUAUUUUUAUGAAAUAAAUUUUGUGUUCUACAGCC